GCCAUGGAAAACAAAAGGGCCCGGGGGACGGGGAGGGGAGGAGAAGCCCGACGAGGACCGAGGGAAGCGGCCGAACCGUUUUCCCCCACUCCGGAGAGGCGAGGGCAAGCGGGCUCCAGCCCCCGACGCCGCCGGAGGAAGGAUGAGGCCCCUGCUCUGCUGCCUGGGGCUGGCUGCAUUGCUGGGUCCUUGCCUGGCCUGUCCCAGCACCUGCUCCUGCUCCACCAAGAAGAAUGGGCGGUUGUUGGCUGAGUGCGCCUACAAGGAUCUCCAGGAGGUACCAGAGGGAUUGUCCUCCAACGUGACCAUCCUCACCUUGUCAGCCAACAGGAUCAGCUGGUUGGGGCAGGGCUCCUUUGCUGAGGUUCCUGAAGUGCAGUCACUGUGGUUGGGCUACAACCAGAUCGGGGUGGUGGAACCAGGGGCUUUCGCCCUGUUAGUGCACCUGAAGAACCUGGACCUGAGCCACAACAAGAUUGCAGAUUUCCCCUGGCAGGACCUCCGUAACCUGAGUGCUCUGCAGAUCCUGAAGAUGAACAACAACCGCCUGUCUGGGCUGCCCCGGGAUGCUUUCCACUCCUUGAAGGACCUGCGCUCCCUCUGGCUCAACGACAAUGAGUUGACCACCUUGGCUGAGGGCACCUUUGACAACCUUCCCUCCCUGUCCCAGCUUCAGCUCUUCAACAACCCCUUCAACUGCUCCUGCAAGGUCUUCUGGCUGAAGAAGUGGACCGAGAACACUUCCGUCUCCAUCACCAAGGGGGGCUCUACCUUAUGUGUGGCUCCUGGCAGACUGAAGGGCAGGGCGGUCACAGACAUCCCGGACCACCACUGUGUUGCCCCCUCCGUGCAGCUCACCUACCUCUCCAACCUGGACAACACCGUCAUGUAUGAUGGCCUCACCCUGACCCUGCACUGCAGUGUGGCGGGCAGCCCUCCACCAGAGAUCAGGUGGAAGAUCCAGACCUCCAGCCGCCGCGUUGAGAUCAACGGACCCAACGUGGCACGGGAUGGAAAUGUCAAGCAGAGCCAAGAGCACUUCUUGGUCUUCAAGAAUGGCACCAUGGCCAUCCCCAACUUCAGCAAGGAGGAUGAAGGCACCUACACCUGCCUUGCUGUCAACGAUGUGGGCACGCGGGAUGUCUCUGUCAACGUAGCCUUGGCUGGCUCGGAGAAUCCAGCUGAAGACCUGCUCCGAGAUGACCCCCAAGCCAGCCACCUUGGGGGUCGGAGCUGCUACAAGGGGGAUGAAAUGGAUCCCUCUGGUGCCGGAGAAAAGCUGGUGAUUGUUUACCACAUGCCAAGGGAGUCGAAGAGCAGGGCUGGAGGAGCAGCGCCCCAGGUCCAUCUGGGGACCCUCCUGCUGGCUUUGAGCAUCGUGCUCUGCUGUUAGAGGGGGGAGAAGGAAACGGUGCCUCGGGGAUUCCCCCUCUUUCUGUAGCAUUUAUCUUCACGUAGUGCCACGCCUUUGCUGAGCUUCUGGAAACUGUGGGCGGUCAGCAGUCAAAGGGGGCCAAGACUCAGGCCCAGGGCUGGUGGUUCAGCCCCUCCUUAAAUGGGGGCCAGGCUGGGCUCCAUUAAUUGAGAGCUUCAAACGAGCUCGGGUGAUGUAGAGCAGAUCCAUGCCAUGCUGCCACUUGCCAGGCAUCCAAAUCUGCUGCUUCCUGACAUCUCCCUCCUGAGACCAAAGCACAGCUGCAGGGUUAAAGUCUGCCCUCAACAGGGCGAUCAUCAGCCACGCCCAGAGCCCACCACAAGCCCUCCUCCACCCGCAGCAGCCAGCCGUGACCAGGGAGGGGAUCUCUCACAGAGGAUCCCAUCAGUCCAUCAGCACCAAAGAUGGCAUCCCUACCGUGACCAGCACCCAGGCCCUUGGUUGGCCAGGUGCAUCCUUCCUACCACCCACCUCUGGUGAAGCACCAGGAGCAGAAGGACCAGCCUGAGAGAGGGAGAAUAGCCUGGGCAUGGAGUCCUGGGGUCCCAGGGCGCAUGGCUUUGAGGGACAGAGAUACGGUGGUGCUUUAUAAGCAAGAUGAGUACAGUAGGACACAUUGGAUGGGGCCAUGGGCUUGGAUCAGGCCAUGUUAUAGAGCAGGAGAAGUUUUCUCACAGGCUUCAUCCCUGCAGAAGCACAAAAGGCUCCUCCUGGCUGGGUGCUGGGAGCAUACAGGGUGCCUGCACCCUCCCUGCAUGUCACAGGAUCAGGCCCUGCCACCCUCGGUACCUCUCCCAGAUGUGAUGCAGCUGAUUCCCACUCGCCUCACCCCUCCUCCUUCUGUUUCACCGCUGAAGCCUGCGGUACAAAAUGCUCACCUGGGCUGGACCCACUGAGCUGCCCUGCUCCAGCUCUGACCCCUGAGGGGGGGGAUUGAGCUCAAAGACCAAAAUAAUUUCCCAGCGCUCCUCUCUGAUGGGAAACCGAGCAGGGGCUGCAUGAUGGAGCAGGAGGAAGAAAGAUUGGGAAAACCCAGACAGCAGAGAGAGAAGCUGAACUGACCUAUAAGCCACAAACACACUCCUUAAGUGCUUUAGUAUUCCCACGCGGGACAUAUAUACCAUACCCGGCUGCCCUGGGGUGCUGGGGAACCUGUUGCCUUAUGGCGGGGGGCUGAGCAUCUCCAUCUCCCCCCGACCGAGGCACGGGUGUUCCAGCUCUCGUGCCUUCUGCCAGCACUCACCUGCGGGAGCUGGGCAGACCCCUACAGCCACCCUCGCCUUAUAACCAAACUGUACAGACAGCAAUAAAUACCUUUUUUUUUUUUUUUAAA